UUCACAAACUCCAGGUGCAGUCCAGGAAAACUGUGGCUAUUGCACAGCGUUAGCAUCAAAAGCAAUGUCUGGAAGUCCUGCUGUUGUUAUGCGGCUGGUGGCCUCAGCCUAUGCUGUGGCUGAAAAGGCUGGGACUAUUGUACGGAAGGUCCUUCACAGUGGAGAACUUGGUAUUGUGGAAAAGACGGGAGCUAAUGAUCUGCAAACACUGGCAGACAGACUAGCACAGCAGAGCAUUUGUUCUUCACUGUCCAAACGUUUUCCCAAAAUCACCAUAAUUGGAGAGGAGGAUCUUCCUUCUGAAGAGAUACAGGAAGAUCUAAUUGAGACUGGCCAGUCAGAGGAAAUUCUUCAGAGGAGUUGUCCACCUGAGUUCAGCCAGCUGAAAGAAGAAGAGAUAGUUGUGUGGGUAGAUCCUCUUGAUGGCACAAAGGAAUAUACUGAAGCAUCGAGGUGUCUCCAUUUCCAAGCUGUGGCCCAGGCACCACACAAAGGAUUGGACACCCCUCAGCCUCACAGCACAGCUCUCUGGCUCCUGGAUAAUGUGACAGUGCUCAUUGGGAUUGCAUAUGGAGGCAGAGCCAUCGCAGGUGUGAUCAACCAGCCGUUCUACAACUACCAGCUUGGUGCAGGAACACAAUUAGGAAGAACCAUGUGGGGGAUGCUGGGAUUGGGCGCUUUUGGGUUCCAGCUCCAGGAAGUUCCAGGUGACAGACGGAUUGUCACCACCACCCGUUCCCAUAGCAACAAGCUGGUAACAGACUGUGUGGAUGCCAUGGAGCCUCACGAAGUUGUACGAGUGGGUGGUGCUGGAAAUAAGAUUAUCCAGCUUGUUGAAGGAAAAGCUUCUGCCUAUGUCUUUGCUAGUCCAGGGUGCAAGAAGUGGGACACUUGUGCUCCUGAAGCAAUCCUGCAUGCUGUUGGAGGUAAACUGACUGAUAUGCAUGGAAAUGCAUACCGCUAUGAUGCUAGUGUAAAGCACAUGAACUCUGCCGGGGUUCUUGCUACACUCCGUAACCACGAGUACUACGUCAGCAGAGUGCCACAGUCAGUGCUGCAAGCUCUCAAGUCAGACUGAGAUGAGGUCCAAGUCAUGGCGGUUGAGGAACUUGCUGACCACAUCAGCCCCAAAGGUGAAGGAGACGCCCCGAUCAUUUUCACCCCAGCCCUGGACA